CCUGCCCCUCUCUGAACCUCAUUUAAGAAGGCACGCAACCGGACGGCCUCAUUACUAUGGCUGAUUCAGUUCAUUUUCCCUGGAUGCCAUUCCCACCUCGCUUCCUGGUCUGCACAAGAGAUGACAUCUAUGAGGAUGAAAAUGGUAGACAGUGGGUAGUUGCAAAAGUAGAAACUUCUCGUUCACCAUAUGGCAGCAGGAUUGAAACAUGUAUAACUGUGCACUUGCAGCAUAUGACCACAAUCCCCCAGGAGCCUACUCCCCAGCAGCCCAUUAAUAACAACUCUCUCCCCACGAUGUGGAGAUUAGAGUCCAUGAACACAUACACGGGAACAGAUGGGACAUACUGGAGAUUACUGGAUCAUUCCCAGAUGGGCGACACAUUGCAACUGAUCCUGGACAUAGUAAUAUGCGAGGUUGACUGAAUGAUGGAAGCUGAUGGGAAGGUCUUGAUAGCCUGGCUGGCUCCUGCCCCUGUGCCCUUGGGGUAGACUUUGCACCCACCCCUCUGUUUGUUCCUCAAGUUUCUAGUUCUACAGCACCUCCUGCCAUGAUUAGACCUGCUUUUUAGAUUAUCUACUUUCUGUGAGCCUGGCCUAACUCUGUCCUGACCGUUCUCCCUAGCUGGAGACAAACUGCAUCUUCUCUUGCUCAUUUUGUGCCUCUGGCCCUGACCUUAUAGAUGGCUUUUCUUAAGACCCCUCCUCCAUUCAAACUCCUCCACCUGGGCUUCUAGUGCCUUGUGUGGCAGGAGAUUUGUCCCCAUUUACCUUAGGAUGUCUACAGGUGCCUCUGGAGGAGGUACAGAUAGGGACUCUAUGCCCUGUGGG